GGGGGUGGGGGGCACCACAAGGAGGAGCAAAUGCUACAUGUGAGUGUGAGAAUAGAGGAAGGGACCGAAUGACAGACAAGGAGUAGGGAGGGGUGAGGAACUGAGAGAGAGACAGCAGCAUUUCUGUGAACCUCCUGGAGGUAAGAGAUCACAUCAGAAGACAGGAUGCCACGAACAAGGUCGUUUUGACACACAUUCCCAGGAAACGCAGGAGGAAUAAGUGCUGCCAUGAUAAUCAUUCCCAAAAGGGAUUAAUAAAGCGCUUUAUCUCAGCAUCAGAAGCUUCACAGAAUUACUCCUCAACCUAAUUCCACAACUUCAUGCUUUCUUCACCGGUCUUGAGUGGAGUUCUCUGGAGCAAGAGGCAUCCAUGCACAUUCACUGAGCAGCAUGUUCCAUGAGGAGUACCAUGAGGAGAUGGACAGUGAGUAACAGUGUGUCUGCAUGCUGGUCGGUGUGUGUCGUCUAUCUGCUCGCCGUCUCCGCGAUCUUCGCGUCCAGCGUCACCUGCCGCAGCGCAUGUUCCGUGCAUCGGGCGCCCAGGGUCGCCAACUCCUCAUCCGCCUCCGCCUCCACCUCCGGCCGGCAUGUGCGCAGCUACGUGCACCUCCAGGGAGACGUGCGCCAGAGGAAACUCUUCUCCUUCCAGAAGUUCUUCCUUAGGAUCGGGAAAGACGGGAGAGUCAACGGCACCAAAAGCAAAGACGAUCCCUACAGUAUUCUGGAAAUCACAUCAGUGGAUGUUGGGAUCGUUGCCAUCAGAGGAAUCGGCAGUAACCUUUACCUGGCUAUCAAUAAGAAGGGAGAACUGUAUGGAGCCAGAAACUAUGGUUUAAACUGCCGUCUGAAGGAGCGCAUCGAGGAGAACGGCUAUAACACAUACGCAUCCGCCGAGUGGAGGAACAAGAAGCGCCAGAUGUUUGUAGGUCUGAGUGCUCAUGGAAAGCCUCUUCGCGGGAGAAAAACCCGCAGGAAGAACACCGCUACACACUUCUUACCCAUACUGGUGUGACUUUCAUUCAUAAUGCUGAUGGGACGGAGAGAGAUCGCGAGAAAGACUGUACACAUGCGACUCUCUGUAGCAGCUGCGCUCCUUUGAGCUCUUUGAUUCAUGGCACUAGAUGAAAUUUUAUCCUCAUGCCGGUUGACAUUAGAUAGUAAACAUGCAUGCUCAAAAGAGCAAAGUUUAUGAAUGCAGGCUUUUAUUUCCAUUGUACAUCAUUCCAAUAAUCUAAAACUAUGGAAUAUGUGUGCAAGAGUUUUCUCUUUAAUAGGAUCAUGUGCGUAAGAACAUCUGCUUUCAUUUCUUUCUGAUGGAUGUGAUUAUCUUGUAGAGGCUCUGAAGCUUCAUGCAACACAGAGAAAGAGAGAGUGGGGAUGAAUAUGGGGAAUUUGUAUCUUCUGAAAACUGUUUUGGACUGCUUUGAAAUAAAUAAGUUAUUUAUUUGUAUUGUAUUUAAAUAAAAUACUCUAAAAAACAUUUAAAGCAUAUUAAAUGGAUAACCUCUAAUCCUGUGAAAUAAAGUCUAUUUUGUUAUCCUC